AUGGCAGUACCCGAUGAUAUAGAGGAGAUUGUUGAGGAGGAGGAGGAGGAGGAGGGAGCGAUUAAUGGUAUAAAUGAGCCAAAGUGGAAAAGGGAUGAAUUUAAAAAUGAGCCUGAAGAUCAGAUCAUGAAAAAGCAAAAUUUGAAUGCUGUCAUGAGUGAAAAAGAGGCCACAUGUAACAUGAGCGAUGAAUUAGGGUCCCUACGACCGAUAAAGCAAAGCCGGCCGGAGGGCUGUGAAACAAUUGAUGCGCAUUGCAAGGACAAAAAAGAAUCUGUGAAAUUAGAAGACGUCGAAUUUCGUUCGCCAAGUGUGCCUCCAAUUGCCAUGCUCAAAAGUCCCUUUGAUUAUCUCAUUUCUACACUUGGAUCUGCAUUUACCAAUCCCAUAUCCCGAAAAACCCCAUCUACCAUGAGAGUAGACACUGGCAGUCUGAGUGCGAUGCAUUCAGGCAACAUACCACCUGCUCUGCUACCUCAAUUGUCUAAUCAACCCGCUGGUUCUUUGGCCUAUGCUAGUUUCCUGUUUUCCCUCUUCUCUAGCCUUUUUAGCCAAUCCUCUGGUGGGCUGUGCUCAUCGACUUAUUCGACGCCUCCAACUGCAUCGUCCGGAUAUACCAUUUCGGAUUGUCUUUCAUUGCCACCAUAUGCGCUCCCAAGGUGCCUGAAUUUCUCACGUAAGUUUGGAUGUUAUACGGAGAAUUUAAAUAUGAUAAGGUUCAACGGUACAAUGAGGUCCGAACUUUAA